UGAUCCUUUUAAUGAUCUCUUUUUCAAUGAUUAUGGAGAUUAUGAUCCUGGUCGCGCAACAGAUUUAGACCGCUAUGGAGAUUAUUAUGGACGUGGAAGAGACGUGGGAAAUAGAAUUCCCAUUCAAGAACGUAUCCCCCGUCAUGUUGGAAGUCGCGUGAUGACCGAACGUGAAGGAGACGUUGUUUGGCGUCCGUCCACUGAUGUCUAUGAAACUAAUGAGGCGAUAUUUAUUCAUGUUGAUUUACCUGGCGUUCCUAAAGAAGAAAUUUCCGUUGAUUUAAGAGAUCGCGAAAUCGUUAUAUCUGGUGAAAGGAGAAGGGGUCCCUCCUAUGAAGCUGCAACCUCACGUGUUAGGGAACGCCAGAUUGGAAAGUUCCGAAAGGAAAAUAUUAUUUUGUCUUACUUCAUCGAUAUGUCAUUAGAUCGUGAAAGUAUUGAGGCAAAAUAUCUGGAUGGUUUGCUCGAAAUCAAGAUUCCUCGUGGCACUUCUAAAGCCACUGGUCGUGUUCAAAUUCAGUAA